AUUUCCGUCAAAGCUAGUGAACUGUAAAGAAAUUAUAAGCGCAGUCUUAAAUUAAAAAGUUCGUACUUGACAAAAGUUCGAGAGAAAUAUAUCUUUGAAAAGUAAAUUUAUGUAAGCAAAAUGAAAAUUAAAAUCGUAAUAGCUGUAUUAUUUAUGUUUACUAUACUUUGUAAGUCAAAACAGGCGUCCACGACGUUAAAAAAAUCAGAAGGUUCUGGUGAUGGUUCUGCUAAUGUAUCUGAUCAAAAAUACAAAAAGGUUUUAAAGAGCCCAACCUAUGGAAUAAUAGAUAAUACUGAAGAAGGUUCAGCUGAAGAUGACGAUGAAGAAAGUUCAGGUGACGAUGGCAGUGGUAGUGGUAUACCGACGUUGAUAACAACGAAAAAAAGUACCGUAAAAGUUAUUUCUUCUACAAUCGCUAGUAUAACUGUUUUUGAUAUCAAUACUCCUACAAUAUCUUCAGUUGCUAAAAGCAAUAAUGCAACUGAGACAAGUUAUGGUCUUUCAUCAACAUCACAAUCUGUCACAACUAAUAGUCAAGAAAUGAUAAAACAAGGUGAAGAUCAGCCAGGAAUAAAUUUCACAUUAGGAAUUAUCAUCGGAGUUGUUGUCGGUGCUGUUUUAGCAAUAUUAGUUAUAAUUUUUCUUGUUUAUCGACUUCGUAAAAAAGACGAAGGUAGCUACUCACUUGAGGAGCAGAGUACACAAGCAUUUAUAACUAAUGAUGGUCCCCAAAAAACUGAAAAAGAAGUUUAUGCAUAAGCUUUAUUUUAUUACAAUCACUUUAUACAGCAUAAAGUGUUAUAUAAUGCAGAUAACUUUCUAAUACGAUCCAAAUGCGUUAGACUGAUGUAUCUAAUUCAGUAUUAGGUACAGGAAGAAAAUAUUCUAGCAUGGAGCUUACAUUUUAUAUAAAACAUUAAAAGAAAAAUUUUUUAAGAAAGUAUUGAUAUUAUUUUGUUUACUCAAAUAAAUUCUUAGUAAAAAAGAGUUUCAGGAACUUGUGUUACUGUACUACUUCAGUUCAUUCUUUAGUACUUAAGUAUUGUUUUUUUCUCUCUUUUUUCCUAAACCAACAUAAAGCAAUUAAUCGAUUUUCAAUUCCUAAGUUAUAGCUGUUUUAAAAAUAUACCAAUGAAACGUGAUUGGCUUUGUUUUACGUUGUAUUUGUUUUUAAUGUUUUCUCGUUUAACAAUGCUACUUGUUUAUAGAACUGUUUUGAAUGAACGUUUGAACUGAAAGAGUUUUUUUAAAUAUUUUGUUUAUUUUUUGUAGUAUUUUAUUUAAUUUUAGAUAUUCUAUAAAGAAUACAUACAUCCCCCUAUCUAUUUAAUGUACAUUAUAUCUUAAUGUUUUCUGUCAAAAUUUUGUAUUAAUAAAAUUUUGUUUUGUUUUUCACAAUGUAUUAUAAAAAAAAGAUGAUUAAGUAAAUAUCAAAUCAAAGUUGA